CAGUGAACAUUGGGCUUGUCAGCCAGGAGGAGGAGACAAGAGGGGGUCAGAGUCGGCACUCGCAUGGUCGCAAGGCAAAAAGACGGGACGUGUUUGCCUGGGUGUGAUUACUUGUGAUGAACCUACCUGUGAGGUAGUCACACGUCCACGGACCCGCAGGGCUGGUAUCAUGGGACAACUCAAUGCAUCGUGCCUUUGUGGUAGUCAGCUCAAGCAUAUCGACUACGGCGUCACAUCAGUGUUGUAUUCAUUCAAAGGAGGCGUCUACUACAUUCACAAGGGCAUUCACCACCGUCCCAAACAAACUCACGGCAUACCCCGUGAUAGACUACAUCUUGCGAUCGAAGAAGAAGCCAGAUGGUGUGGGUGCAUACAGCAUACCGUUUUGUGAUGACAUCUCAUCUCAUGAGUAUGCCAAAAUUGCACGUUGGUUCUCGGAGAAUGUGCCUGGUGUUUCCGGUCAAGUCGAAAAGUGGCUUGGUGGCAUGCCUUUGGUGCAUGCGCUCACUCUCGUUGUUGCUUGUCGAAAGGCCAGUGAUUUCGAAAAACGCAUCAAAGUUUGAAACGAAGAAUGGGACGAUAGCAUGCUGUUGAAGAUGGCUUGGGCUGAUCAUAUGA